AUGGAAGACGCCUUGGCCCGGGCGGUGAUCCAAAUAAGAUGGGAGGAGGAUGAGAUAAACUGGAUGAUUCACUCCAGAUAUGAUUCAAGGCGGAAUGACAGGAAGCAAGAGCACAGGCCAGCGGAGCACCGCUACCAACCCCCAGCACGUAAUUCGAGCAUAGUCAAGAUACCGUAUGAUCGCCAGUCGAUGAGAACCAAAAGCAGAAACUUUGGAUCGAACCGAUACAAAAUACCGGAAUACAGCCUCAAUGUCGAACCAACCCAGGUCGUCGCGAUUAUGAAGGGAAUGGGAUCCAUUGUUAAAUGGUCAAGUAAGCUUAAUUCCGAGGCAAGGAGAGACAAGACCCAAUGGUGUGAGUUCCAUGGCGAUCAUGGGCAUAACACCACAGACUGCAUCGCCUUACGGCUAGAUGUUGCUGUACUUCUAAAGAGAGGACAUCUCCGGGAUCUGCUAACUGAUAAGGGGAAGAACACCGUUAGCCAUAAAAGUUCAAAAGAACAAUCACCACCUCCGCAAGAACCUACACCAAAAGGAUUUUGUUCGCUCAUCUCCAGAGGAUCAGAGAUCAGUGGGGUAAGUUACUCAUCAGCCAAUCGAUACGCCAAAGCCAACCACCACCAUGAAGUCCAGUCCAUCCAUCCGGUCUUACGGUCAAAGACCCAUCAGGUAAUUCAAUUUGAAGAUGACGAGCCAGUCACCUUGGCCGCUCCUCAUCACGAUGCUCUAGUCGUCUCCCUACAGAUCGCCAACAUCCUAGUGAAAAGAGUAUUCGUAGAUGGAGGCUCUUCAGCAAACAUCCUAUUCCUUGAAGCAGUGAAGGCUAUGGGACUGGAAGAGGCAAACAUCAACAGGCGGCCGACGCUGCUAGUUGCUUUCAGCUCUGAGCAGAAGUAUACUAUUGGGGAUAUCAUUAUGAACUAUAAGAAUAGUAGUUGA